AGUUAACAGGAGAAGAAGAAGAAGCUAACGGGAACUAGCAGGCUAAUCUCCACAACGCUGUCGUGGUUUUGUGAUUCCCUGUUUCAGUAUUCGUGUUUUUUUUCCCUCACAUAUUUUUGUGUUUUAUAACUUGGUAACCUAACUAUACCCAAGUGACAAGCGCCCGACAAACACCGGUGGACACGGUUUACAGUAGCUCUGUAUGAGCACUUCUGCUUUUCUCCCAGGAUACUAGCGUAUCACCAAGGCAGCUAAGUCGGCUAAAGGAGCCCAACAACAGCGCUGUCCGGAUGCUUUGAACAGCAACGGAGCCGAUUUUUGGUGGAGUUUUCAAAGCCGGUCUUGCGUGAUGUCAAGCAACCGGCCGCAGUCAAACAGUGGCGGGGCAAGUUCGGUGCCUAGCACCAGCAGCAGUAGCGCAGGAGGCAGCGGGAGCACCACCGUAACAAGUAAUGGUAACUCUUCUGGGAACGUUGUACCCUCCCGGGCUAUAGCAGCCGGCGAGAGCGGCUUGUCUGUACCAACUCUGUCCGCCGUUUCGUCCCGGGGCGAGUUCUCUUCCCUCAGCAGACCAUCUUCAACCUCGGGAAGCAGGAAGAGAUCCCUCCAUCCAACACCUUUAUACAACGGCCUGUUGGAUUCAUACGAAGAUAAAAGCAAUGACUUUGUCUGCCCAAUUUGCUUUGAAAUGAUAGAGGGGGCGCACAUGACAAAGUGUGGCCACAGUUUCUGUUUCAAGUGUAUUCACAGGAGCUUGGAGGUCAGCAACAAGUGUCCCAAGUGUAACUGUAUUAUUGACAAUGUGGCUCAGCUGUACCCCAACUUUCUAGUAAAUGAGCUGAUUCUUAAACAGAAACAACGGUCAGAGGAGAAGAGACUGAAAUUAGAUCAUCCGAACGGGCCGCAGUGGCAGGUCUUUCAGGAUAUUUUGAAUCCGGAUCAGGAGAACCUGGACCUUGCAAAUGUCAAUCUGAUGUUGGAACUUCUGGUUCAGAAGAAGAAGCAGCUGGAAGCGGAAUCCCAAGCAGCUCAGAGGCAAAUCUUCAUGGAUUUUCUGAAGGAAGCCAGGAGAAACAAGAGAGAGCAACUAGACCAGCUACAGAAAGAGCUCAACUUCCUUGAAGAAGACAUUAAGCGUGUUGAAGAGAUGAGUGGGCUGUACUCUCCAAUAAUGGAGUUGGAGUGUACAGUGCCCAAUGUUGAGGCUUCUUCUCCGGCACCCAGCAGCAGCAUCAUCGACACACCUGAGUACAACCCGCCUCCCGGAUUUGGUGCAACAACCCAGGGAAAGAGACAGACCUGGUACAACAGCACUUUGGCAUCAAGACGAAAGAGGCUGACGGCUCACUUUGAGGAUCUGGAGCAGUGCUACUUCUCCAAUAAGAUGUCAAGAAUCACAGAUGAGGGCAGGAACCUGAACCAGCUGGAUGAUUUCACGGAGUGUUUAUCUAAAUUCACCCGCUACAACACUGUGCGGCCGCUAGCCACCCUCUCCUAUGCCAGUGACCUCUAUAAUGGCUCCAGUAUUGUCUCUAGUAUUGAAUUUGACCGUGACUGUGACUACUUCGCCAUCGCUGGCGUGACCAAGAAGAUCAAGGUGUUUGAGUAUGGAACGGUGAUCCAGGAUGCUGUAGACAUCCACUACCCUGUCAAUGAAAUGACGUGCAAUUCCAAAAUCAGCUGUAUCAGCUGGAGCAGUUAUCACAAGAACCUUCUGGCCAGCAGCGACUAUGAAGGGACCGUCAUUCUGUGGGAUGGAUUCAGUGGGCAGCGGUCCAAAGUGUACCAGGAGCAUGAGAAAAGAUGUUGGAGUGUUGACUUCAACCUGAUGGACCCCAAGCUCCUAGCCUCGGGUUCUGAUGAUGCUAAAGUUAAACUGUGGUCAACCAACCUGAACAACUCAGUGGCUAGCAUCGAGGCUAAAGCUAACGUCUGCUGUGUUAAAUUCAGCCCAACUUCCAGAUAUCAUCUGGCCUUCGGCUGUGCGGAUCACUGCGUCCACUACUACGAUCUUCGCAACACUAAGCAGCCAAUCAUGGUGUUCAAAGGCCACAGGAAGGCCGUGUCCUACGCCAAGUUUGUAAACGGAGAGGAGAUUGUUUCUGCGUCAACAGACAGCCAGCUGAAGUUGUGGAACGUCAACAAACCUCACUGCCUGCGUUCCUUCAAGGGUCACAUUAAUGAGAAGAACUUUGUUGGACUGGCAUCCAACGGAGACUAUGUCGCCUGUGGCAGUGAGAACAACUCCUUGUAUCUGUACUACAAAGGACUUUCCAAGACGCUGCUAACGUUCAAGUUUGACACGGUGAAAAGCGUCCUGGACAAGGACAAGAAGGAAGAUGACACCAACGAGUUUGUCAGCGCGGUCUGCUGGAGGGCCCUGCCUGAUGGAGAGUCAAAUGUUCUCAUUGCUGCAAACAGUCAAGGAACAAUCAAGGUACUUGAGCUUGUGUGAAGACCUGCCCGUCUGAAGCCCAUGUAGGAACCACCAUCAGCCUACCUGUGUGGCGGACACAUCAGUCGGACACGAGGACAUCUCAGGCUGCCUGCUGAGCGCUGGGCUGGCUGAAAUUAACUCCUCAUAUUUUUAUUAAGUUAAACACUUUUUCUUUUUUGACUGCAGAACAGACUUUGGACCAGGGUAUUAGCUUAGCGGCACCAGGCGUGUUUUACUACAACAAAAGGAGGGCCGAGCUUGGACCCAAAGCCUGAUGGGACUUUGGAGAAAAGCUUUUUGUUUUACAAUAUCGUUAAGUUGAAAUACAAUAGAGCACCUCUUUCUUGUGGGUCAAAUCAAAACCUACACUUUUCUUUUAAAUUUAUUUAAACCAUCUUUAAUGGUACAUCCAGCCAAAUGUUACCUGCUUGAUGCAUUUUCCUCUUUUAAAGGCCAAAGCACAACACAAGACAUGCAAAAAUGACGUCUUCACGUGAAGCUUUUAAUUAGCGUUGCUGUUUGUCUGUCUCUCCCCUCUUCCUCUUUGUGUAGAUUUUGAUGUUUUUCAGAUUGGGGGAAAUUUAGUUUUAAUAAAAAUGACUUUAAUUUUGUUCUGUCAGACAGCAUUGGCUUCUUUUCCUGCUCAAAACAAGGUGAGGUAGCGUCAUCUUCUGUUGGUUAUCAGAGCAAAACAAGACUCCACAUGUUUGUCUGUAACCACAACAAGUAUUGUCUAACUUAAGGCUGCUGAAUCACGUGGAACUGGAAGUUUUGUCAUUUUUGGGCUAUGUGUUGCUUGUUGAAAAAUAACCUCACUGAAUCAGUUUUAGUUCUUUUAAAGUAGCAAUGGACUUUCUCUUCUUGUACUGUAGGCUGAAAACGCAUCAUCUGAACUGAGCAGACAUUGUAACUUGAGAACUGCUGUCAGUUUCUGUGGAGUGGUGAUCCAUAAUGACAUGGAGAAGAUUUAAGAAACUCCACCCAGACCUGCCUAUUUUAUGAUAACGUGUUUUGUAUUUGUAUAACUGAAUAAAUUAUUUCGAAACUA